AUGCGUUCGAAAGCGUUUUAUUUUACCGAGGAAGACGAUAAUAUGAUCAUUAAACAUAUGAAGACUUAUGGAAAAUUCACUAAUCGUUUCGUAAUUAUUAGUGGAUUAUUGAAUGAAAAAUUUACUUGCAGUCAAAUCUCCGAACGUUGGAGAAAUUAUCUUAACCCGGAAUUAUGCAAGGAUGACUUGGGUUAUUACGAAAAAGUCAUUAUCGAUCAUGAAGUUCAAAAAUUUCUCAUGAAAGGCGAUAAAAUUAAAAUCCGCUGGAGAAAAGUAAUUCGUGAAUUGUUUAGAUUGUUCGGAAAACUUUAUUCUGAGAAUAAAGUUAAAAAUUAUUGGAAUAUGAAAUACAGAAGUAAAAUGAAAAAAGAUAUAAAAAAUGACGCAAAGAAGGCAAACGAGAAGUCGAAACCAAAAUCUUGUUCAUCUAAUUAUUCAAAGGGUAAAAGUAAAGAAAAUAAAUUUAGUCCCUAUUGA